GACCCUACAAAACAAAGCAGAGCUUGUCCUGGACACACUGAAUGCCUCCUCGCUUAAUCAUGAUUGAUUGAGACAGCUCUCAAAACUGAAAAGCAACGAAUUGUUGCGCCACGCUGGUCUACACAAGGGUUGCGCUGUUUGGCAGUGUGCCGUUAGGAACGAGCCUCUUAGUAUCAUAAAAAUACAAUGUCAGCCUACAGGAACUGGGUCUUUCAGCAUACUAUGAGGUUCGACAGGGAACUGUUCCAGGAAUUCGGCAAGAGCCUGGUCAAGCUCAAGCUCAAGCGCAGCUCUGUGAACAACACCGAUGUUGCCUACGCUCCGCGUGUCAACAGCAUUAUCAUGAAUUCAACUGAAACCGCAUUUUGCGUCCGCUUGCGACACAGGUCUGCGUAUGCCGACGGUAUGCGGCGCUGGAAGUUAGUCGUGGAAGGACUAGCGCCUUCGAGUGUUUUGCGUGAUAUUGUAGCGCACGGCGGAUGUUAUUACGAUGACUCGGAUAUCGAUGAAUCUGGCUUGGACGUCUCAGAUGUAUCUGAUGGGGGCUACUACAUGCCUCCAGUGUCCCUGAACGAAGAUACUUCUUUCGAACCUCUUGAAGGCGUUCCUUUCAAAUCCCAGGAAGAGACAACAACGCCGGCCUAGUGUGAUCUCAUGCGUGUAGCACCGAAUCAGAUGAAACAACAAUUCGGGAGCUGAGAGAGCCA